AUGAUACUGCGGGCAGGACGCGCGUCCUUACAGCGCCUGUGCGGUCAUGACGUCGCACGGCUCAUACAUACAGGUACUGGACGUACUCCUCAUCUUACGCUGUUCACUGGCACCCAUUGCUCUUUGUGUGAUGACAUGAAAGAAGUCUUGGACGGAGCUGCUUCACGAUCGUCGUUUACCUUGAGCACCUACAACAUACGUGACGAUGCAUCGCCAAAUGUACGAUACUGGCGCAGAAAGUAUCAGUACGACAUUCCUGUCUUGCAUAUCCGGUGGGAUGCGCCCGCACAUGAAAAUGACUAUGGCGAAGAAAUCGCACGUCACCGUCUGGACCCACUCGUCCUGGCCAAGGCACUGCAUAUCACAUAA